CUCAGCUGGUUUGGAGCUCCCAGUCCGCGCAUGUUUCCACAGAGCGCGCUGCGCUCCGGCACCCCAGCCGUGCGUAAUGAUCACGGAGACCUCCAGGAGCUUUGAAAUAGGAUGUCGCCUUCCAGGUCAGCUCGAAGCGACCGGACACCUUCCCUGGUACUGAGCUGAGGAGAUGGGGAUCUGGAUUCUUGGGUUGUUGGGAAAUGCAGCCUCCCGCCCUGUGGGGAUGGAAGUACUGACCCGCCAGUGUUUCUGAAGGUCUGUGUUGAAUAGGCAGCUCCACCGCUGAAGCAGGUGAAGUAGUUAGUCAGGAUGGGACGCCUGGUCAGUUAGAAAACCAUGCACUGUUUGUCUAAAUGGAGAGAUGGCAUGCGUGCUCAUCUUCAGUCGACUUUUCCCGUUCUCGCACCGGCUCAGAGGAACAUCAAUUUGUCUCUUAUCUCUUUUUCUGUCGUUUCUGUGCUAUUGCGCGCUGUUCCCCGGCGGUGCUGUCAUGCAAAAGUCAGGUGAUCCGACGCCCAGCUGUCUGCAAGCUGAUGGAGCCAAACGGCGCCUUCAGAAAUCCCCGUCCUGUCUGUUUCCGCCGGACGCCAGGAAGAGCAGCGCCGCUGAUGAGGCUCCUCAAGCCGACCUGAGGCGCUACGCCGCGGGCCGCGCCGGCAGGGAGAACACCCCCAGUCCUCCGAUGAGUCACCUGAAGUUCGGCAAUAAAAAGUUACCAAACGCCAUCAUAGUCGGCGUGAAAAAGGGAGGAACGAGGGCGGUGCUGGAGUUCAUUAGGAUUCAUCCGGACGUCCGAGCGGCUGGAACCGAAACGCAUUUCUUCGAUCGAAAUUAUGAUCGAGGUCUGGAGUGGUACAGAGGUUUAAUGCCGAGGACCCUUGAGAGCCAAAUAACAAUGGAGAAAACACCAAGCUACUUUGUGACCAAAGAGACUCCGCACCGGAUCUCCGCCAUGUCCCAGGAAACUAAACUCAUCGUUGUGGUGAGAGACCCGGUCACUCGAGCAAUAUCAGACUACACCCAGACUUUAUCCAAAACGCCGGACCUGCCCAGCUUCCAGGACCUGGCCUUCAGGAACCAGAGCCUGGGGAUCGUGGACGUGUCGUGGAACGCCAUCCGGAUCGGCCUGUACGCGCUGCACCUCGAGAACUGGCUGCGCCACUUCCCCCUGGCUCAGAUCCACUUUGUGAGCGGGGAGCGUCUCAUCACGGACCCGGCCGGCGAGCUGGCCCGGGUGCAGGACUUCCUCGGGCUGAAGCGCAUCGUCACCGACAAGCACUUCUAUUUCAACCGCACCAAGGGCUUCCCUUGCCUUAAGAAGCCGGAGAGCAGCGGCUCGCCUCGCUGCCUGGGCAAGUCCAAGGGCAGAACUCACGUCCAGAUAGACAGAGACGCCAUCGAGCAACUGAGGGAUUUCUACCGGCCUUAUAACGUCAAGUUCUACGAAAUGGUGGGACACGACUUUAAAUGGGAGUAACUUUUUCUUACGAGUGACGGAAUACAGUAGAUACAAAACGUCUACCCGGCUGCGUUACAAUGCCAGGGCUUUGUAAAUAAUGAGUACAAGAAAAGUAACUUCAGAACUUUCUCCACCUGCACUGUAAAACAUUACAAGGUAGUUUAACUAGAAAAUGAAAGUCCACCUGCUGCCGGGAAAAUGCAAUUUAAGUCAACAAAAAUAUUAUUUUGCGUUCAUGAAGUUGAUUUAGCAACAAGAGACAAGUUGUCUAAACAUUGUUUUUUUUGUUUUUUUAAGUUUAUUGAUCUUGAAUUGUGAGUUUUAACUUAAUGCUGCAGUUUAAACCAAAUUAAAUCACAAUAUGUAAGAAAAUCUGACCUGAUUUCUCUAUUAUUUUAAUCACAAUAUCAAGUUAAAAUAACUUAUUUUACUGUAGAAUAAAUUUAAUUCUUGUUUCAAAUCACAUGAACCAAAUUUCUGAUCUGAUGAUGAAUUUUAUCGAACAUCUGAAUGAAUUGAGCUCAGAAACAUUCAGUGUGAUCAGGACAUUAUCCUCAAGCUUUGCAAACUGUCAGCUGCAUUAAAAUAAACAUUUGCCUUAAUAACACCAGAGUCACAUCAAAGUAACGCUCUUCAUCUCAGGAUACAAAAACACGCCGCUAAGCAUUCUGGGAAAUAGUUCCCACUCCUGUCUUUUUCUUCUUUCAGUUUUUUAAGUGUUAACCUAAAAACUCUGUUUAUUCAACUCUGACAAAAUUUAACACAACUUACUAUUGCAAGUUUAUCUUUCACAAACUCAAACAUUUAGGUUCAAAAUCUAAAACCUGACAAAUUUAUUUUAUUUUUAAACAGUAGAAGAUAGUAGACACAACUAAAUGUUUUUACAGUGUUUAAUAUAAAAUAUACUCAGUACAACUCAGUUAAAACCUAAAACCUUUUUGUGGAAGACAUAAAACAAUUUAAAACAUUCCAUCUCAUAACUAGAUAUAAAGUUUUUUUCAAUCAACCAGAAAACCUGUGGUAGGAGCAGUCCACCAUGUUUUUUAUUAAAACAUGUUAAAAGUUUAAAAUGUUACCCAGGCAGCGCCAGAGAGGCCCUCACAAUGCAAAUAUGUUAUAAGAAAGUAUUAAUUUUAUGGUUUGCAAAUUUAUAGCACCACAUUAUUAUUAUUUUUUAUAAUACCUGUGGAAAGAUUAAUUUAAUUUAUGUAGCAGUAACUUUGCACAUUCAUUAACAUUUUUAUAAAUUCUCCAGAAUUAGCCAAAAGUCUAUUUUUCCUCUGUUUUUCCUGAAUAAUGAGUAAUUGGCCUUCUAUAAACAAGCAGGUUACACAAAACAAAGUUAAAAUGACGUUAACUACACUAAUUUGAUCAAUAAAUACAGAUCAGUCUAAAAGUCAAUAAACCCGACAUUUCAACAGAGAUGGGCAGACCUUUCAUACCAGCAGUUUUCCACAUGGAGAUUUCUUGAUUCACAGCUGAAGUGGAUGUCUUGAGUCAUUUGUCUCCAGACAUUUUUCUGGCCAUUGCAGUUUAUUUUUUUGAUGGGUCUCUUAUAAACGCAGACCUUGUAGUUCCAGCGGUCCGUUACCAGCGUCCUGUUUGUUGUCAGACAGAAAAGCCCUUUCAGCUCUGGGGUCACUUAUUUCAGUUUGUGCCGCUGGAGAUUCCUGCUGACCAGAUUGCUGACUUUCUCACAAAGGGAAGAGAUUCUGGGGAAUAGGAUUAGUUCCUCUUUAAGUCAGCUUCCCAGGCUUUAAAAGGAAAUAAUCAAGGCAUGCCUUGAAAGCAAGACCUUGGAAAAUGUCAGCGAAGUCUUUAGGGAGGGAAGCAUUAAGCUGCUGUAUGAUGGUGGGACGUCCAAACCGCAAGGCCACCAGGAGAAAACCACCGGAAAAGAAUCUGUACAGCGAUUAUUACCCACCGGGUUCCUUCCCAGCAUGACGCAAAUUCAGUUGGCAGAUGACAUCAAAUCUGUUCACUUUUCUAAAUGUGUUCAUAUUUCUGUUACGGUAAUAAUGUUUGUCUCUACGUUUCGUUGAAUAAAGCAGAAGG